UACAAGUUAGAAUCCGCUUGUGCACUGGGGAGAAAGGGAGGGUUCCAAAAGCCGACGUCAUGAGAGGCCAUGACAUUCAGAGCUUCAUCAUCAUCAUCAUCACCAGCAUCACCGCUCCCUGACACCGCAUCCUGUUUGUUCUCUCUCGUUCUCUGGCAGCCAGCUUUGAGUUCGCAUCAGGAAGGUGCCUUGCCUCCUUCCCCCCAUGUGCUUCUUUUCCUUCGAUGCUGCAAAUUAAAUUGAAGCCAACUGUUGGGGCAUCAUCAUCUCAUCGGGUGCUAUUGCGAAAAGCAGGUAUGGUAUUACAAUGUGCAAGGGAAUUGGUCGGAUAAGUGCGUGAGGAUCGAUUCCAAGUCCGAGGGAGGUGGGAGCCAGAAGAAACCGAAGGAUAAGCUCGGAGGACAAGGUGGCGGAGGUACGAUGAAGGGUUCGUCGGUUUCAGCGAAGAAGGGGGCAUGGAACAAGUUCACCACGGCAGUUAUGGGAUUGGUGGUGCUUUCCUUGUUGGUUCCGCUCAUCUUUUCCCUCGGUGGCCUCCACAACAGAGCAGCUUACUCGGGAUUUGGGAGCGAUGAGGGAGAAACUGCCCUGAAUGAUGUUAAAAAAACCUUUAUAGAAGAAAAUUCUACCCAUCCCACGAAGGUUGAUAUGAAAGUCAGCAUGAAACCAGAAGGAACUAGCUGGUCCAAUGAUGCUCAAAGGCCAAGUGACAAGUUCGAGAAUUCCAUGCAACAUUCUCAUAGUGACAGGAUUCUACAAAAUGAGCUGAAAGACAAUGAUGAGGAGGGAAGUGAUCUACAAAGACCUGCGGACAAUGAUGAGACAGAUAAGUCAUGUGAAGAUGCAUUUGGAAGUUACUGUUUGUGGUGUAAGAAACAUAAAGAAGUAAUGGAAGAUUCUAUGGUGAAAAAAUUAAAAGAUCGGCUAUUCAUGGCUAGAUCUUACUAUCCAAGCAUUGCUAAGAAGAAUCAAACCCAUGAAAAGUUAACUCGUGAAUUGAAGCAAAAUAUUCAAGAGUUUGAACGUGUUCUUAGUGAUGCAACUACUGAUGCUGACCUUCAGGGCAGUAUUGGGCAGAAGUUGCAGAAUAUGGAAGUUGCAAUUGCCAAAGCUGAAGCCAAACAUAUAGGCUGUUAUCAUGUGGACAGGAAGUUGGCACAAAUACUUGAUAUGACUAAAGAUGAAGCACUCUUUCACAGGCGUCAGAGCGCAUUUCUGUAUAAUCUUGGUGUACAGACCAUUCCUAAAAGUCACCAUUGUUUGUCAAUGAGAUUGACUGUGGAAUAUUUCAAAUCACUCCCAGAUCAUAGUGUGCCAUCUGAGAUUGACCACUCUGAUGCUUCAGGUCUUCAACAUUAUGUUAUUUUCUCAAAAAACGUACUUGCAUCAUCUGUCGUUAUUAACUCAAGUUCGACAUAUGCUAAGGGCAGCACCAAGAUGGUUUUCCAUCUGCUCACAGAUUCAGAGAAUUACUUUGCAAUGAAGCACUGGUUUAUGAGAAAUUCCUAUAAUUCGGCAACUGUUCAUGUGGAGAAUAUAGAUGAACAUAAGCAAAAAUAUGUCACUGCUGGUCUGAACAAUAUCUUGCAUUUGAGUGCAUCAGAGGAGUUCCGUGUUACCAUUGGAAAUGGUGAAGAUGCAUUGCUUAGCCCCAAAAGAACAGAAUAUUUGUCAGUGUUUAGUGAAGCAUACUUUUGUCUGCCACAAAUCUUUAGCAAACUGAAAAAGGUGAUUGUAUUGGACGAUGAUGUAGUUGUUCAGAGAGACCUUUCGCCUUUGUGGAACCUUGAUCUGGAAGGAAAAGUGAUCGGUGCACCAGAGUUUUGUAGCGUGAGGCUUGGCCACUUAAAUGGUUAUUUAAAUGCAGGAACUUUGGAUCUUGAUGCUUGCAUAUGGAUGUCAGGACUUAAUAUAAUUGAUUUGGAGAAGUGGAGGGAGCUAAAUCUAUUACAGCAAUACCAGGAGAGGCUCCAAAGAAUAAGAGACGGAUCUUUACCUCAGGCAAGAGCACUGUCUGCAAGUUUGGUGACAUUCAACGGUUUGAUCUAUGGCCUUGACAAUUCAUGGGUUUUGUCUGGCCUUGGACACCAGUACGGAAUAGACAGGGAUACCAUCAAGAGAGCUGCAGUACUGCAUUAUAAUGGCAAGAUGAAGCCAUGGCUUGAGCUGGGUAUCCGGCAGUACAAAGCCUACUGGACAAGGUUUCUGAAAAGAGAUGACCAGUACAUGGAUGACUGCAACGUGAACCGGUAACCGAUGACAAACGAAUCUGCAGUGGACCCAGUUAAGUCUCUAAUGUGGAAUUUUCUGUGCUGGACGGAAGCAGGUGCAGGCAUCAGAGAUGAAAUUAGAUUGGGUUCGUCCUUUACUAUGGUUGGGGUUCAUGCUGGUUUUCGGCCGUCUUGCUGAGGACAAGAUCUAUCCACAAUAAACGAGCUGUCACUCCUACUAACUUCCCAGUGCUCUGGGGAGUGCGUAACUCGUCACACGAUUUCUAAUAUUAUUGGAUAGGAAGAGGAUUCCUGUAAAGAUGAGGUGGGGAAGUUGUAGCCGACACGGCUGGCACGGCGGCAAAAUCUGCUGAAAGUGCCAAGGCACGCAAUUCUUUCUUGCGCUGUGAUAUAUAUAAUAGUGAUCGGUGGGUUUAGCUGGCAACCAAAUUUGAGUUGCCACUGUUCCACAAGAGCGGCUUCUUGUUUUUCUUCUCCGGACAUUUUCUUUUGCAUUCCAAUUUCUUAAUUAUAAUUUUUAGAAUUCCAUCGCCCCAAUCCUUGGUAGAUGAUUCUUCUCUUUUACUAUGUAGAAGUUGAAUUUUCUUGUUGCUUGAGCAAUAAAAUUGAAUCACAUUGAUGUAGCACAA